AGAUCUAUAACUAUAAUAUAAUUAAUAGUCAGAUCUACUCUAGAAAUAGUAGAAUCAAGUAUCAUAGUUACGAUAGUCGAUAGUAUUCAUAGUAAUACUAAUAGUGUUUUCCAAGAAAUGAGUGAAUGAACAGUAACUAGAAUGAGUGUUAGCUAUAAAUUACCAGAAAAUUUUAAAGAAAUUGAGCCGGGUAAUAUAAAGAUAAAUGAAGAUGAUGAAGUUUACUUGCUCAGAGUGCCAAAAGGUUAUGAUAUCAGCAAGAUAAAUGGCAUGGAAUUUAUUCCUAACCAGAUCACAGAAAUCGAAGAAAAGGAGGAACAAAACAAACUAAUCAGCGUGUAUGAACUGAGCUCUUUUGCACAACAGCCUCAAGAUAUUUUACCUAUAAUCAAAAACAAAGAUAAAGUUACAUUAGGUCCACAAAUUAAUGGUAUUUUAAAUGUGAGUAAAUCAUACAAAUUACCACCUUCAACGUUGCUGUCAGAGCUUGAUUCCACACAAAACAAACAUGUGACCAUGCCUGAAGGCCUGAGACCUAGAUUUGUGCCAUUUGGUUCAGGUACUCCUCACAAAGUAAUAAAAAGUAGAAGGAAGAAACGAAAACGCUCCAGUAUUGCUCCAACAUACCUUGAAGAAAGUUUAGUAGAUAGUAGUGGUGAUCAUAAGAGGAAAAAAGUGAAACUACAAAAUACGUUUGUAGAGUUGAGCAUCAAGAAGGAACAAGUGAAGGUUGAAGAGUCAAGUUUAAACAACAAUUCUCCGACAUUGGAUAACAGUCAUGACACAGAAGACACUCACAUUCACAAAAAGAAGAAAAAGAAGAAAAUUAAAACUGAAGAAAUGUUUUGACUUAAUUAAGUUUGAUUGUGAUUUAUUUUGACUUCAAACAGAUGAUGGAUCUAAAGACGUUUUAAAAGUUUUCUCCAGAAUUAUGUUGAUAAUAUUUUGUGUGUGUGACUUGGAAUUAUUUGUUUAGCCUCUAGAUACAACAAAUUCUAUGACAAAACCAAAUGACUCUUUCAAGAAGUUAUUCUAAAAUAUAUCACAGAUGUUAGAAAAUUUGUGCAUUCUUAACACUGACUUGGUGUACUUGGUGUUUUAAGUUCAUACAGGAUGGCAGGGGGGUGAAGGUGGGCAGGUCUGUUGUGGCUGCAGUGUGAAUCAUUUACCAUUCAGCCAUUACUUAUUUGCUUUGUCCUGUUUAUAGUUACCCUUUCAGACAUUACAAUUCAUAGAGCAGAUGAUGUAAAGGUCAUCUGUUUCUGUGGCCCACCAUUUUAUGAGGGUGUCAUGUGGCCAGCACAAUGACCAACCGCCUUUACAUUCCCCAGCUAAUGUCAGGUACCCAUCAGAGCUGGUUGGACUCAGAGGUUAGGGUUAGGGUUAAAAAUUAAAAAUCCCAGGAUUUGAAAUCGGGACCUUGAUUUGGAAGCCAAGUACUUUAUGACUCAGCCACUGUUUGUCCUGUUUGUUAUUAUUUAAUUUGUUUCUGGUUUAUUUUAUUCCUUUAUGGGAGAUAUGCACUAAUUUAUUUCUGUAUUAUAAGUUAAGCAUCAAUUUGCUAUAAUAUUUAGUAAAUUUCUGAUUUUGUACAGGUAGAUGGAUGUUUAAAGUAGGAUUAUUAAGCAUAUCAAGUUACAUUUACAAAAACAAAAUGCUUGAUAUCAAUUUGGUUCGGUAUAAUUGUUGAGUCCUGAUAACUUGACACUCAAUAACUACUAUAACUAAGCCACAGGGUGAGGAAAAAAAAGGUUUUUGUUUUCAUAUGCUUCAUACUUUAAAAAAUAUUUUUCUGAGGUCUGCAUCAGCUAGAUUACUGCAGUCUUUCUUAAAUUACAUGCUUUUCCUUAGUUAAACCACACUCACCAUCAACCAUUUCCAAGAAACUCUUGCAACCUUCAGUCCACAUUGGGCAAGUUUUCAGGACUCUCUGUGUUAUAAUUAAUGUAUAUUGUUGAAUAAAUAAAUAUGAAGUUUUUCAA